AUGACUUCUAUGUUAAAUACACGUUUAUUUAACUACAGUUUGGCAACUAUUGUUUUGAGCCGUUUGGGGUCGAAACACUUGGGCCAUGGGGUCCUGCACCAUGAUCACCACCACGAGCACCAUGAUCACCACGACCACGGCAACGGCAACCACGACCACGGUGACCAUCACCACCACGAGCCUGGCAUGCCCUUCGACUUCUCUUACCAGGUGGCAGAAGAUGGCAAUGAUUACAGCCACAACGCGAUCUCCGACGGUGACAUAACCAGGGGAGAGUACAGAGUGGCCCUGCCCGACGGUCGCACGCAGAUCGUCAAGUACACAGCUGACUGGAAGAACGGAUUCAACGCUGAGGUCACAUACGAAGGUGAAGCCAGGUACCCUGACCAGCCAGCUGGCGGUUACGGCAGCGGCAGCGCGUCAGGAAACGGCUACGGCAGUGGAAGCGCAUCCGGCAACGGCUACAACAGCGGAUCCGGCAGCACCGGCGGCCAAGCCUACGUACCACCAAGCCAAGGCGGUGGCUACCAAUACUAA